CACCGGACACCAGCGCUCGGUUUGGUCGUUUCGUUCAGUUCAGUUCAGUGUCCACCAUUUUCAAUUUGCCUCUUGGUCGUUGCAAGGUUUUGUGUGUUAUUUAGAAGAGCCAAUAAUAAAAUAAUAUUGUUGCUGUUGUGCAAGUGAAUUAAGUAACGCAUUCGAAAUAUUAGGAAUUCGUUAUAUAUCUAUGAGUGAAUUGAAUUUGAAAGACCAGUAACGGCUUUAUUGACAAACCUAUUUUGAUACACAAACGUUGAAGUGAUAAUUUUUCUUGUUUUUAUAUUAUUCUUCUAUUAAGAAAGAACUGCACAAUGGAGUCCGUAACUGAUCAUUUGAAACGCUUGCGAGAGGAAAGGAUUGCAAGAGAAAAGGCGCGAAUUGAAAAGUUACGAGAACUGAAUCUCAAGAAAGUUGCCGUAAAGAACCAUAUUCAUGUCAACACCAGUGCGAAGAGGCCUAGCUCCGUACCAGUCACCGCAAAGCCCAGGCAGGCGUUAUCUCAAGUUAAACUGGAAGGGAAAAGCAGCUCGUUGAUUCCUGGACCCAGUGAUAAGGUUGCAAAUAAAACUACAAAUGCAGUGAAAACUACUACCAGUGCUCCCAAAGUAACUGUUAACCAGAAACCAUCUGCCAAAACUGACAAAUCUCUUGCAAAUGAUUCUAAAACAACUGGAAAUACUAUCAAAAGAGUUCCUAAUAAUGAAGCAAAUAAAUCUAAAACCAGUUUAAUCCCAAAUAAUACCAAAAAGGUCUUAACAGAACGAAAACCAGACCUGAUAUCUAACUUAGGUUGCAAACAAGGUUUUCCGAUCCGUAAAGAUAACAUGACAACAAAUUUGAAACUCCGUAAGAGUUUAGCGGUCACAAACACCAAACCUGAACCGAUAGCUUCAAGAAAGUCAAUGAUUCCUAAGAUCCCUGGUUCGUCAAUGACUUCACAAUCUGCACCGCAGAAUUCUGUGUUUGAACGCUUGUAUAAACCAAAGUAUACUCAAGAAAAUCAUGUAAACGAUGUGAAGAAACUCCAAACUGAUCCGGAUUACUUGAAGAAGGUCAUUCGUACCUCAGGAUUGAUAUUAAACAAGCGUCACACAGUAUUUGAAGCUACCAAACCAAAAGCAGCCCCUGUGCGUAGAUCGAUAUCUGCGGUACACUUCAAACGGAUUGGUAAACAUGAACUGAGCAACUGCAUCCAGAAAUUCUCAUCCAUCGGUGAAAAACUAAACAGCGUACACCUUAAACAUAUCAAUGAAGAUGAGAAUGUAAAGGAUGAGGUUGUGUCAGCUAUCCGUAGUGAACGCAAGAAGGUUAAGUUCAUGACUCCAAUGUCCAGCUUCAAUACCCCUAGACCGGAAGAGCUGCAGGGUCGGUUGAAGUCUUGGCUGGCAAAGAGAGGAAAGUCCUUGGAUUCGUACCAUCAUUUGCAGUGUUUCGGCAUACAUCAUCUACCGCACACAAUUAAUUUUGAUCCAAAACAAUUUGACGAAGAAAAUAAGGAGAAUAUCGCUGUUGAAUCGGACAGUGAUGAUGAUUCUUAUACGGAGACUAUGAAUGAAGAGAUUCCAGCUACUAAGCAAUGGAGGAAUGUUAGCUCUGUGAAUGAUUCUGUUGAUUUGAAUGAGUCUCAUGAUACCACAGCAACUUGCAGCGAUGUUGUGAAUACGGAUAACAUUGUUGUUGGUGCUUUGAAUGAUCUGACUGAAAUUCUGAGGGAGGGCUACGACUGGCAGCAGUGCGCCCGCUGGCUGCGCGCCAUCCGCGAGCGCUUCCCGGCGUGCGCGCGGCACUCCGCCUACUGGGAGUGUCGCGCCGCGCUCGAGGAGGCGCGCGGGGACCUGCCCGCCUCCGUGCAGUGCUGGGAGGAGGCCAUCGCCAAUGGGACAGAGCACACCGUCGCUGAAGCCAGCCUAGAUCAUCUGCUGGACAAGUUUAUGCAACUCAAAAUCAGUCCCAACAGUGGGAAACGACAGCCUGAUCCCAAAUUCGUUGACAUGAAGAAUGUAUUCAAAAGCACUAUCAUCAGAUUCGCUGUUCAACAAGCUAAAUUACGCCAAUCCAAUCAAUCAGACGCACCAUCAUACACGGUGACUCCCGUCCGUCGCUCGGCGCGGCUCAGCGCGCACUGGAGCGGAAAACGAACCCCGUUACAGGUCUGCAGUACUGUACGAGAGGCUGAUGAAAUGCUGACGGAAAAACCUUUGUUCGUACCCAAUAAUAAUCUAUGUGGAACACCUUGAAAACUGUGUGUAGGUUAUAUAUCUUAUUAAAGGCUGAAUACUGCCCCCUUUCUUGUGUAAGUAACAGAGGCAGUUGUUGUUCAACACAAACGAU